GUGGCUCUCGGUGUUUGUUAGCUGUCAGUUAGAGGAGCGGAGCGAUGCCUGCCGUCUGACCGCGGGGCUGAAACGACGGACUGGGAUUUAAAAUUUUCACCUUCUCGUGUGGAAUGAAGUCUUCUGUUCACAGAUCCAAACCCAAGCAAUAACAGGAACAAUGGUGACCAAAAAGAUCCGGACAGAAUAUAUGAAAAAGUUCAGAGAUCCUCGAUGGGAGACGUUCUCUAAAUGCUAUGAGGACUCUGUGAAGUACCGCCUGACCCGGCGGGUGAUGGAGCACUCCCACAAGCCCUGGUUCUGGGAGGGCUGGGACAGCGGCUCCGACUCCAGUGGCUGGUCCACUCCCAGGCUGACCAGGAACAAAGUGGCCCCCCUGUCCCUGCCACCGCCAACAUCUAUGGAGGGGAGGCAAACCAGCCCCGCGCCAAAGCCGCCCUCUGAGAAUGGAAAGGCUGAGGAGGGAGCUGCAGAAGAGGCUGUGGUAGACGCUGCGCCGCCUGCAGUGGUAGAAAACGGCGUGAACGAGGCCAGCGGGGAUUCAGUGGAGGCGGCCCCUCCUACCAGCGGACCCUCAGACGACACCGAUAACGGUCCUGCCGACACGCAGUCCUCUGACGGGGAGCCGGUAAACCCACCGCCGAGGAGGCGUCACCGGCGCCGCACACCUCGGUCUGAGCCCGAACACCGAGACGGUUCCCUGGAUGACAAGCCAGCCGUCAUCCGCAAACCGCCGAGAGCCAAGAGCCAACCAGCAAUCAGCACCAAGGAGAACCAGAGGUCAUCGAGCCGGAUGGACUGGACCGAGAGGCAGACGGAGGUCAGGAGGACGCCGAACGAUAGCAACACGUCUGAUGCCUGCGUCCAGACCCGCAGACAGUCCGAGAAACGCAGCUCAAACCUGGACCGUCGGCGGGCUCGCUCGGCCGACCUGGAGAAGUCGAGGCGGUCGCAGCUGACGGUGGUGGACGACCGCUGGAUGACGGAGUACAUGCGCUGCUUCUCGGCCCGGCUGAGGUAGAGACGGGACCUUCCACCCCAGAGCAACCUUUUUAAACAUGUCUCCUUAUCACAGCAGAAAUACCAGACGGUGGGACACGGGUUUAUUAGGAUGUCAGGCUGAAACAACAAGAAAAUCAAACCUCUUUACAAGUCUAGUUUUAUUAUGUGACGACAAAAGUGAGAGGGGGAACGGGGGAAAAAUGACCCUAGUUUUACAACAGAAAAUAAACCAUGAAGGUCAUCAAACAUGUAAAUAAUUUCAGGACUGGCCUGGCCCACGGGCAGGAGGGUAUUUGAAAAAAUGUAAAGAGCACGACAUGUCAACAGUAAUCUGUGAC